AAGGAUCCAAAGACAUACCCCCUCCUCCAAGCACAUCUCCCACAAUCGCUCCGUAACUUUCAGCUCGUAUUCCCCGGCGGCUCACGGGCUACCUUCAAGGAUGGAGAGGACGGAGAAGAUGAGAUGCAGGAGGAGGACGAGGUCGCGAGCGGCGACGGCUGGCGCAUGCUCCGGCGCGACGAGGCCGGCGGGGAGACGAGCAAGUCCGUCGGUCUCGCAGAGGCGGUAGAGCGGUACGGCCGGAAGCGCUCCCAUGGCGUCGGCGUCGAUAGCAUGAUGGAAGGCGUCGAACCCACCAUCGAGUACGACACUAGCACGCCCCCGCGCAAGAAGGCCCGCGCUACACAUCUCCCGCCCAUCAGCACCGUCAAUGCCGCCGCGCCUCCGUCCCCGCUGCCGUCCCCGCAUGGAUCGCCGCCGCCCCAGAACGUCUGGCCAUCCGCGCCCCCUAGCGGCGCUUCUUCCCCGCAGCCACACGCCCCAUUACAGCCCGAUCUCUCGCUCACCACCCUCCUCACCCUCCCUUCCCUCCUAUCACACUUCAACAGCCUUCCGCAGCAGCUGCAGUCGCAUUUAUUGCUCACGCUGCUGCGGCACUCCCCGCUUCCCGUACUGCGCACGCUGCACUCGGUGCUGACCCCUACCCUCGCACGCGACUUCCUCACAAUCCUUCCACCAGAACUCGUCUCGCAAGUCCUUGGCUUCCUCCCGUACUCGACGCUCGCGCGCGCAUCCCGCGUCUCGCGCUCAUGGCGCGCCAUCAUCGACUCGGACCCGGUUCUCUGGCGCGAUCUGCUGAAAAGCACAAAGAUCUGGUUCGGCGGUGACAGCGAGCGCACAUUCGCGCGCUCCAUCUACGCGCGGCGGGCGCGCGACCCGCCGCCGAUACCGUCCUCCCUCCCACUACCGCACCCGUACAAGUCUUUGUUCAAGAGCCGGCACCUGACGCACAAGCGGUGGAUCACGAACGAGCACCCGACGCACCGCUCGUUCCCCGCGCACGGGAGCAGCGUGGUGACGUGCCUGAUCUUCUCGCGGGGGCGCAUCAUCAGCGCGUCGGACGACCACUCGAUCCACGUGUACUCGCCGCUCACGGGCGAGCUGCUGCAGUCGCUCGACGGGCACGAGGGCGGGGUGUGGGCGCUGGCGGCGAGCCGGGACACGCUGGUGAGCGGGUCGACGGACCGGACGGUGCGGAUAUGGAAUUUGGAGACGGGCAAGUGUACACAUGUGUUUGGGGGGCACACGAGCACGGUGCGGUGUCUGGCGAUUGUGAAGCCGGAGUGGAUCGAGGUGGAGGGCGAGAACGGGGUGGUGAGCAGGGAGAAGUGGCCGAAGCGCUCGGUGAUUGUGACGGGGAGCAGGGACCAUUCGUUGAGGGUGUGGGCGCUGCCAAGGCCGCGUGAUCCCGAGUAUAGGUGUUUUACGGCGGAGGAUCAGGAGGCGGAUCCGUCGGAGGAGGAUGUCGACGAGAACCCGUAUCACCUUAUGCAUCUCGAGGGCCACGACCAUGCGGUUCGCGCGCUCGCUGCGCGGGGACGGAUAUUGGUGUCGGGGAGCUAUGACUGCACGGUGCGGAUAUGGGACAUCGUGACGGGCGAGUGCAAGUGGGUGCUCGUCGGGCACACUCAAAAGGUGUACAGCGUCGUACUCGAUCUCUCGCGGAACCAGGCCUGCUCGGGCUCGAUGGACGGGACCGUGCGCGUGUGGAAUCUGCGCACGGGGCAGUGCCAGCACACGCUCACGGGGCACACGUCGCUUGUCGGCCUGCUGGGGCUCAGCCCGAACUUUCUCGUGUCCGCGGCGGCGGACUCGACGCUGCGGAUCUGGGACCCGGACACGGGCGAGCUCAAGAACACGCUCGCGGCGCACACGGGUGCGAUCACGUGUUUCCAGCACGACGAGUUCAAGGUGCUGAGCGGGUCGGACGGGACGCUGAAGAUGUGGAAUAUCCGGGACGGGAGCGUGGUUAGGGAUUUGUUGACGGGGGUGAUGGGGGUGUGGCAGGUUGUGUUUGAGGGGCGGUGGUGUGUUGCUGCGAGUAAUCGGAAUCCGCAGACGGUGUUGGAUGUGUGGGACUUUGGGGUGGAGGGGGACGAGGAUUGGGUUGGGGAGCCGCCUGGGGGUGUGUAUGAUGAGGAUACGGAGGAGGAGGAGGAGGAGGAUGAAGAUGAGGAAGAAGAAGAGGGGGAGGAGGAGGGGGUAGGGGGAAGGGAGGGAAGAGAGAGGACGGAGCUGCUCGAAGAGGACGAUGAGGAGGCGGAGGAGCAGGCGGAUGUGGAUGCGAUGGAUGAGGAUCUGGAGGUUGCGCCGUCGGAGGUGUCGUUUGAGGACGAUGCUGCGCCUCCCCAGCAACGCCAACAGCGUGUAUAUCAGCAUCGACAUCGGUACCAGGACGAGAGCACGACCGAGGGCCAGGAAGACACGUCGACAGUCGCGCUCGAGUCUGACGAGCCGAUGGAGCGCGAUACGAGCGCGGAUCGGUCCGAGUCCGCGGGCCCGUCUGCGUCGGCUUCGGUGUCGGCGACGACGAACGCGUCGGUCGCGUCGCUGUCGAGUGUGACGUCGAAUGCAUCGACUACUAACACGACGUCGCGCGCACCUGGCCAUCAUACGCGGGGCAAGCAUGUGCUCUUGGGCGGUGGCGGGAACGCUGUCGCUGGGUCAUCGAACUCGAACUCGAACCCGAGGCGGCGGCUGGGUGUGGGUGCGACGGGGCCGCCGCUGGAUGGUGUGCCGGCGAGGUUGCCUGCGAACGACGAGACGCCGACGAGGCCGAGGGUGAGGCCUGUGAAUAGGAGUAAGCGGCCGUAGGUGUGGGUGUGUAAUUUUGUGUGGUGGAGGUUUGGGAGGAGGGGUGUUAUGUUUCUUUUUCAUUCUUUUUUAUUCUUUGUUGGCAUUGCAUUCAUCACACAUCGCUAUCGAGUUCAUGUUCACAUUCAAGUGCAUUUCGUUCGACCAUUCCGUUCCGCUUCCGGCGCUACCCCUUCCUUUCUUGAUUUUUUUCUUUCUUGUUGGUCCACUCUUUGCGCUCGAGCUGUACUGUACCAUGAUACCGAUAUCGAGCGCUGAGCAGGGACAGGGCCGACGGCGUGGGGUUCCUUGAGCUGUUAUUCAGGCCAGAUGAGAUCAGAUUGUAUUCUAUAUUUUGCUGUUAAAGCGAUGCGUUGGUUGUAUGGGACACGGUCUCUGUAGAAUAUGUGUUUAUGGUUGGUUCAGAUUACGAAUUUUUAUGAUGGCUAGUAUUAAUAUCUGUUUUUGAUUAAUAUGUUAUUCCUUUAUCAUCCAUUCUGUAGCCUGGGUUUUUUACUUUUCAAGGAGAAAGUUU